UAAGGGGGAAGCACACAAGUCCUUAUUUAGAAGCUCUGUCCGGUGCGUCACCGCUGGUGACUCGGAGCUUCUGAGCAACAACUUUUGACAAGUGCGGUGGACUCAUUUAACCACUCCAUGCAAAUGGAAUAAAGACGAAGAUGGAGUACUUCUGGGGGGAUAUAUUGUUCGCGGUGAUCGUCAUUACCGACAGAAUCUGCCAGUCGCAGUCCUUCAACGUCGGCACUGCAGGUGCCAAGAUCUUCAGUGGACCAGCGGAAGAAGAGUUUGGCUACACAGUUCAACAAGCGACAAACCACCAAGGCAAAUGGAUCAUAGUUGGUGCUCCUUGGAGUGGUUACAGUCGAAACAGGAAGGGAGAUGUUUACAAGUGUCCAGUCUCAGGAUCUACAAACAGAUGUGACAAGCUCAAUCUUGAAGAUUCUCUUAAUAUUCCAGAUGUUAAAAACAUCCCUGACAACAUGUGUCUGGGUCUGACUCUUACCAGGAUGCCUGAAGUCAGUGGUUUCAUGAUGUGCGGUCCUCUCUGGGGCCAGCUCUGCGGCGACCAAGACUUCUACCCAGGAAUAUGUUCAAAACUGACCCCACUCUUCCAACCUCAGUCGGCCUUCUCUCCUGCCGUCCAGAAAUGUGGCGGGCCAAUGGACAUUGUGAUUGUUCUGGACGGCUCCAACAGCAUUUAUCCGUGGGAACCAAUGACGGACUUCCUGAAGAAACUAAUGCCCUCGCUCGACAUUGGGCCCCAAAAAACACAGGUCAGCGUCAUUCAAUAUGCUGUUGAUCCCAAGUUUGAAUUCAGACUGAAUGAUUAUAAAACCAAAGAUGAGCUUGUAGCUGCAGCAUCUCGAAUCACACAGAUGUAUGGUCAGUUGACAAACACCUUCAAAGCGAUCCAGUACGCCAGUCAGGAGGGUUUCCGUCAAAGUAACGGAGCUCGGCCAGGCGCUGCCAAGGUGAUGGUGGUCGUCACUGAUGGCGAGUCGCACGACAAGGACUUGAGAGAUGCGUACAUCGCGGAGUGUGAGAAGUUAGGCAUCACCCGCUUCGGUAUUGCUGUCUUGGGUUAUUACAUCAGAAAUAACAUCGACACAGAAAACCUAAUACAAGAAAUCAAAUCCAUUGCCAGUUCACCCACAGAGAAGUUCUUCUUCAAUGUGUCAGAGGAAGCAGCCCUCUCCACCAUCGCCGGGACCCUGGGGAGCCGCAUCUUCAACAUAGAGGGCACUGGAAAGGGGGGUGACAACUUCAAGAUGGAAAUGUCCCAGGUCGGAUUCAGUGCUCACUACUCCAGCCAAAAGGAUGUGAUGAUGCUCGGAGCAGUGGGAGCCUACGCUUGGAGCGGUACUGUCGUCCAUCAAACAGGGUCGAAAGUGGACAUCCUUCCUGUCUCAGCCUUUGAGGGAACACUGCAAGACAGAAACCACAGCUCAUUACUGGGUUACUCAGUCACCUCACUGAGCGAAGGGUCUACAGAAUACUUUGUGGCCGGUGCGCCUCGCUCCAACCACUCUGGCCAAGUUAUCGUCUACACCAUCAAUGCUCAGAAGCAAUCUACCAUCAUAGAUUCAGAAAGAGGGAAGCAGAUUGGGUCGUACUUUGGAAGCAUCCUGUGCUCCCUGGAUGUGGACAAGGAUGGGGUGACGGACAUCCUUCUGGUUGGUGCACCCAUGUACAUGAGUGAGCUGAAGAAAGAGCAAGGCAGGGUGUACCUCUUCUCUGUCACUAAGGGCAUACUCAACGAGCAGGGAUUCCUCAACGGUUCACUCCCAACUGAGAACGCACGUUUCGGGAUGGCCAUCUCCGCCGUGCCUGACCUGGACGUCGACGGUUACAAUGAUGUUGUAGUCGGAGCGCCGCUAGAGGACAAUGGCAAGGGUGCCAUUUACAUCUAUAAUGGAGAGAAGAAGACACUUAACAAAGAGUUCUCCCAGAGAAUCCUCGGCUCCAAACUUGAUCCUCAGCUGCGUUUCUUUGGAAGGUCUUUAGAUAGCGUCAAAGAUUUGAACGAUGACACGCUCCCUGACAUAUCAAUUGGGGCCUACGGCAAAGUGGUGCAGCUAUGGUCCCGUGGUGUGGCAACUGUCACAGUUACAGCUACUUUCAACCCUGAUAGAAUCAACAUCUUCAACAAGCCCUGUGACAUCAAUGGACGCAAGCUAACGUGUUUCAACGCCAAGCUCUGUUUCAAAGCUGUGUUCAGACCUAAGAACCCGGUUGGGCCAAUUGCGUUAUCCUACAAUUUGACUCUGGACGCAGACUUGCAGGCCUCACGAGUGACGUCAAGAGGACUGUUUAAACAGAACAAUGAACGCUUUCUAACGGAAAAGGCAAAAGUAUCAUCAGAACUAUGUCGAGAGUACGAGGUUUAUGUUCAGGAAACUCCGGACUUUGUCAAUUCCCUCAGUCUGAAAGUAGAAAUUGAGCAAGAAAAUGCAGACGUGAACCCUGUCCUUGACAUGUUUUCUCCAAACGCCAUGGAAUUCUUUAUCCCCUUCACAAAAGACUGCGGCUCUGAUGAAGUGUGCGUCAGCGAUCUGGUGCUGAGCGUGAAGACAGACACAAAGGCUUCCAGCUCAGCACCCUUUGUGGUCAGCGCUAAUAACAGAGAACUGUCAUUUGAAGUUGUCGUGAAGAACAAGAAGGAGAAUGCAUACAACACGCAGGUCCUGGUAGUAUACUCCAGCAACCUGUUCUACUCCUCCGUCUUCCCCGCUACAGAAGGAGUCAAAUGCACCUCAACACAAGCUGAAACGGUAGUUUGCCAAGUCGGAUACCCGGUACUAAAAACAAACCAAGAGAUGAAAUUUAACAUCAAUUUUGAAUACAAUCUUGAUCAGUUGAAAAAUCGAGCUGAGGUGACUUUUGAGGCUAAGAGUGAUGGUAACGAGGAAAUACCUGCAGACAAUAAAGUGGCCAUAUCUUUUCCUGUUCAGUAUGAUGCAGGCGUUGUUUUAUCCAGGGAGUCAAAUAUAAACUUUUACGUGGCGGACGCAUCCAUUCCGGUGGUAACAACAAUAAAAACUCUAGAUGACAUCGGCCCAGAGUUUAACUUCACAGCGAAGGUUUCUAUAGGUAACUUUCCGGUCAGCCUCCUGUAUCUGACCAUUGCUCUGCCGAUGACCACUAAAGGUGGAAAUCCUCUCCUCACUGUCACUAAUGUGGAGCCGCAAGCAGGAGGUUCUGUCAUCUGUGACUCCAGCGGUCUAGUCAAUCCUCUGAAUAUCGGCGUGAAGACCCACACGGUGUCCUUCUCCGAGGAGAACCUCAAAGGCGUGGAGAAACUGGACUGCAAGACUGCGAACUGCAAAUAUAUAAAAUGCGUCCUCAAAGACACUGAGGUUACGAGCAACUACUUUGUAAAAGUUAAAACCAGGAUGUGGAGUGGCACAUUUAAUUCGGCCAUUUAUCAAACCAUUGAGCUGUCCACCAGCCUGGAUGUGGAGUCAUCUAACCCUGAUCUGAUUAUUGUCGGCCUCAAACAGCUACCUGUGGUGGUGACAGUCAGCAAACCCGGAGAGAAAGGUGAUGUUCCAGUUGGAGUGAUAGUUGGUAGCGUCGUAGCCGGACUGGUGCUUUUGGCUUUGGCUGUUGGACUGCUGUGGAAGUUCGGGUUCUUCAAAAGGAAGUACCAGCAGCUACAGAAGGAGGCUGACGACGAUGAGGGACAGGGCAACGUGCAAGACAAUGAAAUGCUGUGAAGUGAAGAGUGAACCCACCAUCCCCUCUCUCUCUGUCUCUUUCCCUGCUGGAUGUUUCCUGUUGGGAUACAGGUACUUCUCGCUACAGCUCAGUCACUGGAAACUUGGGAGCGGUUCAGUCUGUGGAUAACUGAAAUUCAGUUCCUUUAUUUUGCAUUUUUAAAAAUUUUUAACAAAGGACUAUCAUAAGUUUUAUUUUUUAUUUUUAACUUUUGAUUGUAUAUUUACUAAAAUGCACUGAGGAUUGUUUUUCUUCCCCCCCAGCACUCAAUAAUAGUUUUUAUUUUAGGUCUUGCAUUACGGUUAUCAGUUUGGGUGCACAUGUUGCCAUGGGUUUCACUGUAAAGGAAUCUUAUUUAUGCAUUAUAUUUUUAUUUCAAAAAAAUGAAAAAAGAAAAACAACUGUUUCAAUUACAAAAGUCUUAUACACACACACACACACACACACACACACGUUCCUGUGUUUCUGUUGUUCAAAGGACUUCCCAUAGACACAAUGUAUUACCUGCCCCUUAACCUAAAUCUAACAAGUAAGUGGGUUACCUUUAACCAAACUGUCACUUUAUUGUAACAUUUACACUACAGCCAAUUCUUAACGGGUUUUAAACCCUUAAAAGUGGUGUAGCCCAGAAAAAAACAUAGUCCCACAAGAACAGCAUGGCCACACAACGUAAUAGAAACAUGAACACACACACACACAGACACACACACACUGUAGGCAGUCAUUCUGUAGCAUAAUCUGCCUUGGGAUCCGUUGUCAUUUCUGCUGGCACUCAGGACUUUUUUUUUGCAUUAAGACCAAUCGGUAUCAGUAGCUUAUGUGCUCUUAAGAGUGAAAUAUGUAAUUACUCUGUUUUUACUUUGUUUGUACUGUAUAUAAUAUGCGAUUGAAUGGUGACUGUUAGCAGUAUGGGUGGAGUAGCUAAUUUUAUUAUUAUUGUUGUUGUUAUUACUGUUGAUAUUUGUGGUACUAAGUUUUUUUUUAAUUUUUUUUUACCUUAAUUAACUUGUCAGGUUUAAUCGUAUGUGUUGUUAUGGGCUGAUCAUUAUUUGUUUUUGAUCUGCUGCUUAUUUUCUCAGUUGAUCAAACGCUUAUUUGGUUUCAGACGCCAGGUUUUAAAAAGGAAACCGAGGUGAUGUUUUCAUAUGUUUAAUUUCCAGUACAGAACCUGCGUCAGCACUUCAUUAUUGCCACGUAACACAAAGAUUAUAACAAUUCAUAACAGCAUAGUCACAGUUUUUAGCUCAAACCAUUAAAUAAGUUAUGACAGUCAAUAACUGUCAAGAAUAAUUUCCUGUUUUGGACAAUUUGAUUAUUUGGUUGAAUGACAAAUUGUUUUAUCUCUAAAUUUAGUAACAUUAUGGUGAAACAGCACAACUCUUUUGGUAUACACAGUACAUAUGUCAGAUGGGUCAAGCUAAUCCUGUCAGAAUAUGUAUUGGCACAUCUUUGCCACAAGAUGGCAGCACAAUACAGAUGUCAUGUUCACACAUUUUUUUUUUUUUUUUUCCUGCUGAUGAUUUGGAAAACUCCACACCAUUUUCAGUCUGUCAAACCUGUCAUAUUUUUCUUGUCUCGUGUUAACCUCCUCCUCCACUUCCUCUGCUCUCGUCUCCUCUUUUGCUGAAACACCUAAAUAAAUCCCAAGCCUCGCCAGGAACCCUA